AUGAUCAAGAUCAGCUCGGUUCUCAUCGCCGACGAAAUCGAACAACAAUGUGUAGAUGCGUUGACGCGCGGAGGUGUUAAUGUAGUCAAGAAGACCAAGCUACCGGUGGAUUCGCUGAUUCAGGAGCUUCAGAACCACGAUGCUGUUGUUGUGAGAAGUGCUACGAAGGUAAUUUUUCUAGUUUUGCUUUGAUUUAUUUAGGAAAAGAUUGAAAAUUGACUUUGAAAAUGUGAGAAGUUGAUAAUUUUGGCAUUUUCGGCAAGAAAAGCGUUGUUUUAGGCAGUGUUUUGUUACCUAAACUUAGGUUUCACAAUUCUUGAUGUUUUUGUUUGACUUAUUGACAGAAUGAGUAAAGUAUAUAUUGCAAAAGAUAAUAAUGUUGUUUUAUUUUGUAAAAGUUUUGCAUUUGUGUCGCAAAAUUUGUAUUUUGAGCUCUAGAACGUUAAUAUUGUUAUCUAGAAAUUUUAAACGGUCAUUUCAUUGCUUUCUUUGGUUUUUUGUAAAGAUAUUACGUUAUUUGGAAAUGUAUGUCUCAAUAGUUAUUCAUUUUUACUCUUUGAUUGGAAAAAUUAUUUUUUAACAUUUGUUACCUAAAAUUUUAAGAAUGCUACUUCUUGAAAGUUUUUGAAUAAAAUUGAUGGAAAUGUACUUUAGAUGCUUUAGCUUUUUUAGGUUAUUUUUUAUCAAUAGUGCAAUUAUAUUACCUUAUCCAUUGAAUUCCAGAUCACUCGUCAAGUUUUCGAAGGAUGCCCAAACCUCAAUAUUGUCGCCAGAGCCGGAACCGGCGUAGACAACAUUGACGUGGAAGCGGCAACAGAAAAUGGCACUAUUGUUAUGAAUACUCCAGCUGGCAACUCGAGAAGUGCGGCCGAACUGACCUCCACCUUGAUCUUAUCCAUGUCCAGAAUGGUGGCGCAAGGUGUGGCGUCGAUGAAAGCUGGUCGAUGGGAUAGAAAGCUGUUUAUGGGUACGGAAGUUCAUGGUAAAACAUUGGCCAUUAUUGGAUUGGGAAGAAUCGGACAGAUUGUUGCUGGACAUAUGAGAGCGUUUGGCAUGAAGACUAUUGGAUAUGACCCGAUGGUGUCUGCUGAGGUGGGUCUUUGAUGUUUUAUAGAAAUGAGGGGAUGGGUGAUGCUAAACAACAUUUUUUGAUAAACGAGACUUCUAUAUUUACAAUUUUAGGCCGCUGCCAAAUCAGGAAUCGAAUGGUUGCCAUUGGAAGAGAUCUGGACCCAAGCCGACUAUAUCACCGUUCACGUUCCACUCAUACCACAGACCAAGAACCUGAUCAACCUGGAAGUUUUGAGAAAGUGCAAAAAGGGAGUCAAGAUCAUCAACGUAGCUCGAGGAGGUAUCGUGAACGAAGAGGAGAUUGUAGUAGCUCUCAACGAAGGAUCUUGUGGUGGAUUCGCGGUUGAUGUGUAUGUGCAAGAACCCCCAACCUACCGCGAACUUAUCGACCAUCCAAAGGUCGUCUGUCUUCCACAUCUUGGAGCAAGCACAAUUGAAGCUCAGGAGCGUGUAGCUGUGGAGGUGGCUGAGAAUAUCGUGGCAUUGAAUGAAGGAAAAGGUCUCUUUGGAGCGUUGAAUGGACAUUGUUUAUCAGCACUGCUUGAUGAUUCUAAAGUACCGGUGGUUAAGGCUAUUACUGAUUUGUCGCAAGUCUUGGCUUCACUCACGGUGACGAAGAAGGUGGUUGUUCAAUGUCCAGAGUCAGCGAAACCGGUCGAAAAAGCCAUUCCAUCAGCUGUUAUUAUGGGAUUACUGCCAGGAGAGAACCGGCUGAACUUUGUCAAUGCUGAAAAGAAGGGCAAGGAGAUGGGAUAUGAGGUAAGGGUGGGGUAUUUUGGUUAAAAGUUAGGGGUGGAUUUUUUUUUGAAAAAAGCGGUAAAAUGGGAUGUUAUACUUGGUGGAAUAGGGAAUAUAAAGUUAUAAGGAUUCUUUUGAAGUAAGAUUUAAAAAAAAUUCAAAGCUGAAUUUGAUUUUUUAUUACAUUUUUUAAUUUUACAUAAUUUUAGGUAACAGUCGAAUUCAUUCCCGGAGCCGAGUUCAAGAUCAAAGCUGGAGAUCGCAAAGUCAGUGGCUACUUCUCGCCUGCAGGCACAUUUAUCAGUGAAAUCGACGGCCGAAAAGUGCUCAGUCCUGUUCUCGCUAUGGGUAUUCUCGCCAUAACUCUCGCUACGAACGGUCACAGUCCAGUUUUGUCGGAUAAACUGAGGAGCCGAGUUUCAGUGGAAUAUGGUCUACUUGGAGGUGGAAGAUUGGCACUUUUCGAGAAUCUGAAUACUGUGGAAUUGGACGAAAUCUCGAGGGCUUACAGUGUGGUUCAGUUUGCUUGA